AUGGCUGAUCGUAGUAGUGAUCAAACUGUUAUUCGUCGAACAAUAAUCGAACGCGGUAUUCGAAGUGUUAAUGAUAAUCAAUCUGGUAGCCGCGCUGCUGUCGAAGCAAUGCGGAAUUUUCAUCAUCAACAUGAAGAAGAAAAACGUGAGAUGCGAGACCUUAAUCAAAAAUUUAGUGCCUAUCUUGAUCGGGUUAAAUUUCUUGAAACACAAAAUCGUAAACUACAAGCACAACUGGAUGAACUGAAACAAAAAUGGGGUUUCGAUUCGGGCAAAGUGAAAGAACAAUAUGAUCAAGCAUUGGUGAAUUUACGAAAGCAAAUCGAUGACGUUACACGUGAUAAAGCUUUAGCCGAAUUACGUGCUAAACGUGCGGAAUACGAUGCAUCUUUGAUCAAACAUCAAACUGAUUUCGCCAAUGAACUAGUUAAUCUUGAUCGUAAUCGUUUUGCGAUGCUUAAACAACAGCUCGAAGGCAGCGGAUCGGAACUGGACGCUUUACGCGGCCGUUAUGAAGAUAAAAAGCAAGAAAUCGAACGAAGCAAAAAUGAAGUCAAACGUCUGUUGGAACAACUAGAAAAUCUGAAGAACGAAUUCGAUAGUGAAUCAAUGGCUCGCGUGAUGAUUCAGAACGAAUUACAAACUUUAGAAGAACAAUUAGCUUUCAUGAAAGCAAUACAUGAAGAAGAACGAAAUGAAUUGGCUUCACUUGGCACCUUACCGAUUGAUGUAGAUCCACAAGGUAAUUUUAUUGUUAUCGAGAAUGCCGGUUCAACAGGUAAAGAUCAAGACAUGAAGGGCUGGUCAUUACGACGCAAGAUUGAUAACAAAGAAGAUCUUGUUUAUAAAUUUCCGGAAAACUUCGUACUUAAAUCACGAUCACGUCUUCGCAUUUUAAGUCGUAAUGCAAGUAAAGGUUCAAUCAAUGAAAAAGAAACAUUAGUAGCCGACAGUGUUCAAACAUGGGGUACAGGUUCGAACAUGAUUACACGACUUCUCGAUGAUAAAGGAGAUGAAAAAGCUGUAUUCAACCAGAGAUUCCAAUAA